GUAGUCCUACCAACGACCCUCGGAGGUACUUACUGGGGCGAAUCCCCUGAAAUAUAGCGGCAUUUACUUUCAAGAAAACGUAUACAAGAUUAUAUGUAAGCAUGACUUGAAUAGACCGUCCCACAACUAUGUUUACCCAAGCACUUUCUGAAGCAUCGCUCGAAGCCUAGGUAUCUGUUAUCACUAAGGUAACAAAAGGAAUCACGCCCCUUCCUCUUUCCACUUUCAGACUCUGCGCUUGCGCAAUAGCUCCCUUGCUGCGACCGUUUAAAACAAAGCCAUGUUUUUUUAAAUAUCCCUCCCCCAAGAGGUCCGCGCGCGCGCAACGGGCCUUAGUCUCAUUUAGGGCUUUUGGAUUGGUUACGGAGACCUGCUGGGCGGGUGCGACGGUUUUGAUUGACGCGAUGUCAGCGAUUAAUAGAAGGGGUCGAGAGCCACGAUUGGCUGGGUGGACCUCGCGGGAGAGGGAUCGCUGAUUGGCCGCCCGUGCCGCCAUCGGAGCCGCCACAACAGGGAGGAGGUAGGAAUUCGGUUACAUCUUGGCCGCCGCGCCAGGCUCUCGAGCGCCGAGAGUGCGUUGGCGGCGCGUGGAAAAGGGGGCUCUGGCGAGGAGUCGUGAGGUAGGUGGGGAACCGCUGCGCCUGAGCUGGGUGGCUUUUCUCUGCCCGCGUCGCCCGCUGUUUCCUUUCCGCCCCUUCGGUUCCCUGUGCGCUUCCCUCAUAACUAGCUCCCCCACCCGCGCCUGUCUAUUAGACCAGGUGUUUCCCUUUUCAAAUAAGUUGUCCGCCCCCCAUCUUUAAAAACACAGAGCUGUGUCCGCGACCAAAUCAGCGUUUCUGUCUCUUUCUGUCACAGCUUGUGGGCCUCGUGGACGUUCAAUAGGUGAAGUCCCCUCGUCUCCCCACCUGCCCUCUGCCUGGCCGUGAGGUGCAGUAGGGGCUGGGACGCGGAGGUUGGGUUGGGGGAAACAUGGCUCAGAUCCGUGUUUUUCAGUGUAUCGCCUUGGGAAAAAUCCAGAGCCGCAGCUGUUUUAUCUACUAUUAAGGUUUUCCCCCCAACAUCAUCAUCAUCAUCAUCAUCAUUAUUAUUAUUAGGUAUAAAAGGCUCACCGUUAUGAAAUAGCACAAUAGUAUACAAAAAUAAGAAUAAAAGUAUAUGCCGAGAAUACUGGCAGUUGUAGCAGUGCACAACACCAGAAGGACUAGCACAUGGGUAGGCAACCUACCCAAACCUUGAAUUAAAUGGGUUUGGGAGGGGGGCAGUCAUAAAAAUUGAGGCAGUUAAUAUUUGAAAUUAGGGUGAUGUUGCCUACCACCCAGUUAUAUAAAAUGCUCAUAAAUUAAUAUUCCUCUAAUACUGAUCACUUUUGAUUAUGAAUUGGCUCAAAAAAAUGCCACUUUAGCCCAUCUUUUGGUUGCUGGCUACCUAUGAAUUUAACAGGAUUUCAAUACCGGUAAUUCACCACAUUUAGCUGAUGAUUGCCAACUAGUAUUUGACCUGUGGGGGAUGGUUCUGGUGACCUGGUGGGAGGGAAAUCUGAGAGCAGUGGUUUGAACUAUCAUUGCUGUUUGCCUUCUUGAGUGCAGCACUUCUUUCACUGGGCAAAAUAGACAAAGCCCCCAAAGACCACUGAAGCACAAUAAAAAGUGAUGGUGAUCUUAAAAAGUAGAAAUCUUGGGCAGGCAGAAAUGAGCAGGUCAGAUGGAUGGAGUUUUGACUAUGAACUCUUGGGGAGUGUAGAAUCAUUCACUGCUGAUUUUCAAAUACAGAUAUCUUUCUAUUCUGAAAGCAAACUCUUGUUUGCUUUAAACAAAAGUUUUUGUUUCAUAAAUUUUAAAUUAUGACUGUUAGGCACCUUAACUGUGAUUUUGAGCAGUUGGAAGAAACAGUAGAACACAGUAGCAAUAACUUAUGCUGGGGAAUAAGACGGUUAUUGAAUUUGUGCCUUUAAAAUGGCGUUAGCCAAUGUGCCCUCAAGAUGCUGUUGGACUACAACUUCCAUCAGCCCCAGCCAGAAUGACUAGUACUAGUCAUCAGGAAUGAUGGGACUUGUAAUUCAAGAACACCUGGAGGGCACCACAUUGACUACUUGUUAUUUAAAAGUUCCAUGGUCAAUAAUAGCCCUUCCACAAAAUUGUGAUAACCAUGAUAGAGGUGUACUGUUCAUCCACUGUGAGAACAGGAUGUUGAACUAGAUGGCCCAUUGGCCUGAUUCAGCAGGCUCUUAUGUUUUUAUGUACGUGGGUAUUAUGUACAUGGGCAUACCAGACCUAGCACUGGAAUAAUGUAAAAGUAAAACUUGAGAGCCAAGAUACAACUACUGUAUUUGACUAGAAAAAAAAAUGUUGCUGGUAGGUUGCAGAUUAGAUGUUGCAAGUUAGACAAUAAAUAACUUCCCUUGAUAUAUCAGAAAUGGAAUAUGCUAAAAUACUGGUAUCAGACAUGAUUACUUCGCGGUACUUAACUGUAUCUUUUAUCUUAUUCCUGUUCUUGCAUUUUCUCAGAGGGUGAAGUGAUCAAACGGAUGCUUAAAGCCUCAUGGAACUAAUUUCACCUGUGUCUCAAAACCAAAGGUAUUAUUGCAGAAAUUUUGAUCUCUUUCAAUAUGAAUAUGAUUUACAGCCUGUCACAUGAGGGAUCCAAGUCACACGUCAGCAGCAUUUCCUAUUUGUUCAGGUGUUUUUAUGUUUAUUUCCAGAGGCCCUGAUUCUGACUCAGUCACUAUAAAGGCAAAUAGAACAGAGUACCCUGAAGACGUUGAAAAGUAUGGAUAGCUAGAAAUUGUAUCACUGCUUGUUAAUUAUAACAGUUCAGUCCUAAAUGUGUCACUGAUAUUUAUUUUAUUUUUAUUUUUUAAAGUUAGGUUCUGCCCUACCAUCUAAGGAACCCAGGACAACAUGAUAUGUUCCAGUAGCUUGGCUUUGUUUAUGUGUGUAACAGUAAUAUGUAUCUGUUACAGUAAUAGUAACAGAUUAGUAAUAGAUACAGUAAUAUGUAUCCUGAUACAGUCAUACCUCGCGUUAAAGUAGCUUCAGGUUGAGCGUUUUCAGGUUGUGUUCCAGUGACCCGGAAGUAACAGAAUGGGUUACUUCUGGGUUUCGCCGCUCAUGCAUGUGCAGACGCUCAAAAUGAUGUCAUGCACAGAAGCGGUGAAUCGUAACAUGCGCAGACGUGGGUUGCGUUCUGCUCAGGAUGCGAACGGGGCUCCGGAACAGAUCCCGUUCGCAUCCAGAGGUACCACUGUAGUUGAUAUUACUUGCUGGUGUACUCCCUCCUCCUUUCCCCUCUACUACACCAGUUUGCCGCUGUUGCUUGGGAAAACCAGAGGUGUGGGCUGUUUUCCUUGAGAUAAUCAUAUUGAUAUUCAUUGACUGUGCCACAGGUGUUUAAAGCCUUGCAUGCACUCGUAGCAGUCCAGAGCUCUCUGCAAGUUAGCUCCCAGCCUGGCAGCAUUUCCUGACAUGACCAUGUGGGCAACUCAGGAAUUGUUGCUAGUGUGGAAGACAGCAUGAGAGGGCUGCGCUGCUUAAACAUAGUGUUUAAAGAAAAAUAAAGCUCCCCUCAGGUAACUUGUAAUGUAAAAUAAGGCAAACACAACCCUCCACCCCACAAAAAAGGAGCAGAAUUGUCCAAAGCUUUUUCCCAUUGCACUGUUUUUGAGGACCUAAUUGAUUUCCUCAGCCCUUGAAUGAUUCUUUAAAAAGACUAUUCAGCUCAGUCCUAGUAUGCCCUGGAGUUUUAAGUUGAGUUUGUGUAUGAAAUAUUCAGCACUGCUUACAACUGGGUUGAAUUAAGCUGAAAGUGUUCUGUUUGAAAUGGCUUCUUUUGCAAAAUACCAUAAAAGUAGUUAAUGGGUGGUAUUCAAUUAAGUCAGAGUAAACCAAUUGAAAUUAAUGCACAUAACUAAUUUAGAGCCAUUUCAGGAGGUCUACUCUGCAUAAAAGUUAGGUGAAUACCACCCACUGCUUUGCAAUACAUAUAUUUAAAGAGAAUAUGAAAAACCUACAUUUUCCAUCUUAAAGGAGCACACUCCUACCAUGUUUAGGGAAACUUUUAAUGUUUGAUGGAUUACUGUGUUUUAAUAUUUUGUUGGAAGCUGCCCAGAGUGGCUGGGGAAGUCCAGCCAGAUGGGUGGGGUAUAAAUAAUAAAUUAUUAUUAUUUUUAUUUUGGGAGAAUUUGGUAAACUUGUCUUCUGCUUAUCUCCAACUGUACCCAAAUAAAAAGUAGUAAAUUUGUAUGUCUUUUCAGAGGUGUUUUGGGGAAAAUGGUGCCUUUCAGCUUUCCUGCAUCAAAAUGUGCACUUUGGAAUCCAGCUCCUGUUGGAGAAAGCAUUGUCUCUCACCUGUGUUAUAGGUAUGGCGUCUCAUAUAGAUUAAGAGUUUUUCUUGCCCUGAACUGUUUACUCAUCUAUCAAUAACUCUUCCUCCAACUCUGAAUCCAAUUGUUAUAAUACCAUGGAGGUCAUCUAGUCCAAGUCCUGUUUAAUGCAGGAUGCAGCAGCAGUAUUAUUGACAGAUGGAUGACUACCUGCUGCUUAUAUACUUCCAGUAAAGGGAAGCGCAGUACCUCCAUAUGCGGUCUGUUCCAUGUUUGAACAAUUUUGUACUGUAAGGAAGCUUUUAUUAAAGUUUUGCCAGUAACUGCUUUCCUUCAAUUUUACCCAUUGGAACAACAAAUCAUACAGCACCCCAAGAAAAGACAUUGGGCAAGUACAAAUUGUAUUUAGGGCGGAGAAAAAGGUGUCCCUAAGAAGCCACAGCUAAUACUGUAGUUUGCGCUUUCUGUAAUGUGGCACAAGAGUGACAUAGUUGAUUUUUCUGCCAUACAUGGAGCAAGAUAAUUUCAGUGAAGUGUAAUGGUUUUUUUAAAUCAAUAAACAACUCAGAACUGAUUGACUCAACUAUUUUCUAUGUAGUAAAAUAAAUCCAAAAUUUGAGCUUGGGAAAAUUACUAAAAAUAAUUACAAUGCAUCAUGGUUGCUUUUGGACUAAUAACACAUAAAUGAACAAUUUCAAACCUAAGCAACUUUUUCAAGGUGCUUCUCCAAUUUUUCCCACAUCAAUUCUUGCUUUCCUUUUUUUUUUUUGUAACAUGGAUCAUUUGUAUUUUGUGGCAGUAGUGAAUUAUUCUUUGAGAUAACUAUCAGUCUUCGUGUACUUAGAAAUAGUAAACUCAAGUACUGAAACUUUAAUUUGUGUUUCUUCAGAAAUCCUAAACUGAUAAUGCAUGAGAAAACACUGCGACUGACCCAUCGUCAUGCUAGGCAGAGUAGAAGAAAACCCUUCACAUGUUUUCUGAUUGGAAAUCUUGCAGUAGAUGAAGGUAGGUAUCUUGUUAGAGGCCAUUGCCAUUCUAUUUGACUCAACAAAUAAGCCUUACAGCAGUGUGUCUUUAUAACAUGAUUAUUUUGUGAAUGAUACCAAGGGGUGUAAAUAUGAGCCUGCCUUACAUUGUUGGGCUAUUGAUCCUUCUAGGCCAGUGGAAUCAGCAUUGCUUUCUCCAGAUGUUGCUGGACUACAACUUCCAAUGUCCCUUGCCAAUCACAAUGUUGGUAAUCCAACAAUAUUGGGGGUGGGGGACCCUCUUGGUUACACAUGUUCUAUCUAAAUAUUGUCUCUUCUGACGGGCAAUGGCUCUUCAAGGUCUGAGGUGACUUUCCCAACCCUGCUGCUUGAGAUCCUUUCAACUAGAGAUUAUGUUCUACAACUGAGGUUGCACUGUACAGUGAUGGCAUGUUGAUGACUAUUUCACUGAACUGUGCAUUUUGAUGUUUGUGUUACUUUAAGUACAUGCAAACCUGUUUACAGUGUUACCUCAAUGGUCUACUAGUCUAUUGUAACUGGCAGUGACUUUGUAACCUCAGGAAAAUAUCUUCUGUUCUGCUACCUUAUGUCCUUUUAACUGGAAAUGUUGAACCAGCAACCUGCUGUAUGCAAAGAUGACUAUCACUUAAAUAAGACUUCAUCAAAAUUACAGCUGUCUAAUUACUUUGGGCAGGGUUUGUGUGAACGUUGAAAUGUGAGUGAGCAUCAUAGUGCUGGAUAAGUCAAACAAACGGUCUUGUUUUAAGCCUUGGUGAAAUUUGGGAUCAGUGAGCCAUCUUCAUAGAAUGUAUUCUAACUUGCCUAACUUCUCUGGCACAGAUGGUGAAGGUGUAUCACUAACAAUAGAUCGUUUUGAUCCGGGUCGUGAAGUAACUGGUGGCUUGGGGAAAAUACCAACAGCAUCGCUUCCUGGAGAUUUUUUGAUUCCAUGUACUGUUAGUGCUUGGGGAUUUUCAUCAGGUGAUGUCAUAGUGCACAAUUCUGAAGAUUUCAGCUUGGCUUUUAAGGUAAGAAACUUGAGACCCUUAUUUUAACACAAAGGUUGUUUAUUGAAUAGCUGCUGACUGUCUAUGUUAAUAUCCAUUGGCUAUUCUCAGUUUGUCCCGGACAGUGGUAGAUGCUUAGACAUGAAAAGCUGUAUCUGGGUGUAGCUUUUUUAUUCAGUAUAAGUUUGGAAAGGGCAACUGUUUUUCUUUAACAUUCCCUUCUGUUUAUUUCUGUUUUCACUCUCUCACAUCUUUUUCUCUGGAGCACUCUUAUAGGAGAGGGGAAAUAAAAUAAUCUCCAUAUAUCACAGCUCUGACCAGCUAAGUUUCUUUUCAGAAGUUUAGAUGCCUAGCCUAAAAAGAAUGCCAUUACUGUUCUUAAACUUUGAACAAACCCUGCUAACAUGCUUGUGUCUGAGACUAAUCCGGACAUAAUUUUCCCCUAUAGAUACUGCAACAGAAUUUGAACAGUCAAGAUUCUUUGGAACCUUCGAAAUUGCUGACUUUAAGAGUUCACAUUUAUUCCACAGAAGAUAUGGACAACCUAAACUUUGACUUUCACUGGGCAGCUGUUACAUUUGCCAAUGCCUUAAAAUACACUCCUGUGAAUUCUGUUCCAAUAAUUCCUACAGCUCUUGCUAGAAAUCUGAGCAGCCACAUGAGCAUUACACAAGUUCAGGGUACCUGCAAAUGUGGGUAUGUUAAGCUUCAUUGCUAUUCACUUUGGUAAAUUUCAGUUGUCUGUAUUGUUUCAUUUGGUCUUGGAGUAAAAUAUAUCAAUGCAUAAUUUCUAAGGAGACUUGGAAAGUAGCUUCCAGUCCCUUUAAAUCAUCCAAUAUGAUUUCCAGGUUUUUUAUAUAAUUGACUAGGGCUAGGGGAGUUUCUUUGUUUUGAAUAUAAAGAUCUGACACUAUUUAAAAACUAUUUUCAUCAGUCACAGCUAAACUGUGCUGUAUUACACGGUCUCUCUUUUGUAUUAUUAACUGAUGCAACCUUCUACAUCUCACUUUAAAUUACUGGCCUAGCAUGAAUGGAUUUAUUUAUUGUCAUGUGGAAGCUGCUGAAAAUGCAGCUUAAGACAGUGUCUGUAACACACUAAUAUUGUCUACCACGUAAAUUGCCUGUUAUCCUGUGAACAGUUUGCUGGUCAGUAUAGUAUAUCAACUGGUAUUGAAACUCCACACAAUGGGAAAAAUACACUAAUUAGUCAUAUGAAAUGCAGCUUUUACACAUUGUGUCUCCACCACACGGAAGAUUUCUCAACAGCUCUAGUGUAAGAAUUGGCCUACACAGAGGAUUCUUAGUUUCUAUUGGAUUUUGAAAUUAAAACUGGUGCUAUACAAGCAAGUUCAGUCAUUUCUUUCAAUCGAUAUAUAAGUCAAAGGUUGAAUUUGUGUGCCCACUCUGGUAUUAGAAAUCAGGUUUUCCUUAACACACAUGUGAGAACAUACCACCUAUAGUUUUGUGUAUCAUUAUAAGAGAUGUGCUGUGUGUUAAGUUCUAGUAUUACCUGUGGAUAUAAAAUGGUUUUAAGCUAGUGGAAGCACUUCCGCAAGACACCCUAUUUUCACCAAUCCCCUUUCUAUCAAUUGCAACUCUAUGCUGAGGGUCCUCUAAACCCACAGAAGAUUGGUGGGAGGAGGCACAGGGGACUUUAUUGUGUAGGAUGGGUCAGUGAAAAUCAGGCGCCCUCCUUUGCAGAAGCACUUUUUCUAGCACAAGAGCACCAUUGGAUACAACCAAUAUUUUAAAAGCAUCACAAGUUCCCUGCACCAGUAACAUGCCUGAUUGUGACCAAUGAAAAAUCCUCAGAAGGAUUUUAUUGAGGGUUUUUUAAGGCUAGCUUUUUGUUGACUCAAGUGAUUGAGAUAGGUUUUCAAACAGUUUGGAUUUUUUUUUCUUAUUUACAGCUAUCUUACAAUGGACCAGACCAGAAAACUACUGCUAGUUCUUGAAUCUGAUCCCAAAGCUUAUACUUUGCCACUGAUUGGCAUGUAAGUAUUUAGAUGAAGUAUGAACGUUUCCUCUGUUUUUCUUUCUUUGAGCUUGGCAUUGACCAGAAAAGCAGAAUGUUUUAAUAUGUACUGCAGAAAUAUUAAUCUUAAACUGGAUAACUCAGUUGAGUAAAAUAUAUAUGCUACAUAAGAAUGCACUGGCUUAUAGCAUCAAACCUAUUUUUUUUCUUCCUUUAGCUGGUUGAGUGGAAUCUCUCAUAUCAACAGCCCACAAGUCUGGACUUGCAGCCUGCACUACUUAUUCAACUCUUCAAUUCAAGAAAGGUGAUAAUAAUUAAAAUGAACUUUUCUCAAUAAAUGAUAAGUACACAAAGGUCCCGCCACCUGCAAGCUCACUAUCAAAAAAUCAUUUAUCCACACUUACAGAGUUAUGACCAAACCUCACUAUAUCCCCCACAGAUUCACUUAUCCAAACAACUUACUUCCUUACAUCCUUGGGUUUUUUUGUUCUUUGCUGGUUGGUGGCAGCCAUUUUGGGCAGAAACCACAGAGAAUGGGUGUGUGAGAGAGAGAUUAAACAAAUCAGGGAGCAGGAGAUUGCUUGAUUGUCCCAGACAGAUCUAAGUAGGUUAAUGUAGGAAGAGAUAAUAUUUAAGAUAACCUGACUCAAACCAUUCAAAGAUGAUCAGCAGCACUAUUAAUUGAGCCUGGGUUGUGAAUUGGAAACUGUUGUACCUGCUAGCCCUUAUAGCUUCUAUAACAGAAUUACAUGCUCCCCAGAACUAAGUGAGCAAUAUGAUUUUCAGAUAGUGAGCUGGGCAACUUGCUGAAGAUAUAUGAACUGGACUUAGUUUAACAACAAAGCACAAUUGCUGAAUUAUAUUUGAAAUAUGAACUACCCCUUUGCUUCCUGUUCUUGUAGGUGAUCUGAUGGCAUUUGUUAUAUUAAGCUUUACCAUUUGAAUUCAAUUAAAAAAAUUAUUUAUUUCAUUUGAAUUCAGUACAUCACAUUGCCAAAUGAUUUUUUUAUUUAUUGUUUCUGUUUAAUGAGUGUAUUUUAUUUUAUUUUCUUCAGGGUACUUUCAGAAUCAGGAAGUUUCCUUGUAAUUCUUUAUUCUCUGACGCAUAAAGAUCCAGAGUUCUAUGAAUGCCUUCCUUGUGGUGGACAUACUAAACUAGGUUUCCAGCUACUUACAAGCAAAGAAACAUUACGUUGCUUUAAAGUAAGUUGCUUGAUUUCCAUACUUAAGUUGGCUGUGCAGCUACAAUGGGGUGCUUGUCAACGGUUGUUUAUUACAGGGGCAAAGCUGGCCCAGCAAACCAUUCCUGACUAACCAUUCCCUAUCCCUGAAGUCAUAUGUGAUGUCAGGUGAAGGCCAGGUACUGUCAUGGCUUUAAAGCAACAAUCAGGAGUUUAUAGUGAGAACAGCUUCAUAGGACUAGGAAGCAAAUAAGUACUCCAGUAUCUCUGCCCAUGCUUUUUGUUCAAGACUGUGAAUGUGGUAAGCUUGUUCUAGCAGGCAGAUUCCCUUUGGGAAUUAUUACUCAUUUCUCUGUGUGCCAAAAUACUUGUGUACACUAGAUCUGGUGCUAUAUCUGAGGAUUUGCUGUAUCCAGUGAUCCUCUACCUCAGUGGUUUUCAGUCAGCUAAGUACUGUGUACCCCCUGUUUUUCAGAAGCCAAGGCAUGGACCCCCUACUUUUGAAAAUGUUGUCCCAGCACCAACAUGUCCCAGAAGACCAAACAUGUGUCUUCUGGGCUGUGUUUCCAUGUGAGUCACAUGACCCAUGUAAACGCACAGUCUCCAAAUGGGAUGUCCUAGAUAGUUGAUGGGUAUGUGCCACAGAUGUCCGCAGACCACCAGUUAGAAACCAGUGCUCUAGCUCUUAUCCUCUACCAAGUACCUUCCUGUUUAACAUUAAUCUUUACUCCAGUCCAGGGUGCCCUGAAUAUAAAAACUCAUAGGAAGCAAGAAGGUAGCACCACUGCUAGGGUUUGUUUGAAGAGUUCUUACAUGACUUUGGUUGGGAUAAGUUGUGUGGUAAUUGUUAAAUGGAGCUUACUGACUACAUCUACUUCAUUUCAGAACGUGGAGCCAUCAGAUAAAUACCAUAUUCAAUUUGAACUAAGUUCAGAAAAUAAAAACGCAGAAGUGGAGUUCUUCAGUAAAAUUUCAAAGAAUGUUUCCUUUAGCAGGUGAGACCUUUUUCAAAUACUUAUGCAUUUAAUCAGACAUUUUUGUUUUCUAUUAUGCAAUCAAAACAUUUUCUAUGUAAUACAAAACUCAAAACUUGAUUUUAUUUUAUUUAUUUUUUUAGCCCAUCACAAGGUUCCUCAGCUAGUAAACUUUCUGUUAGUGAUCAUGACUCUGGUGUGGAAGAGGAUGCAUCCCCAAGACCAUUUCCCCAUCCUCACCCAGUGAGUCAGCAGGUAUCUCCAAGAUUUAGUAUCUUCAAGUUUUUAGAGAAAAUAUCAGUAUCUUUGGGUAGUUGGUAGGAAUUCUUAAGCACUCAGCUUCUGCAUCAGUGCUGCCGGGAUAGUUGUAUUCCAUGCUCUUACCACCAGGUUGUGCUGUGGUGCUAUUAACCCUUUAUUGCUGCAAGUACAUGUUUCAGAUUAACUUUAUAAAGAAACCUCUUAAGGAGACUUCAUAUUCUACUGUGGGAAGCAUGUAGACCAAAUAAAUCAGCUGACCCAUAGCCCCAUUGUUUGACUUAAUUUACUAGGGAGGUCCUCUAAAAGCACAUUGAAGGAGGGAGAAGAAAUAAUGGUUGAGCUGGACAGAUAGGCUUCUUAAGAAUGCAAAUGUUGAUUGCCUUCAAUUUUUCUGCUUCCUAAGUUAAAGAUGGAACCAAUGACUGUCUCUUGAUGUAGACAAUAACUGUGCUAGUAGUUUUUUAAUAGAGAGACUUAUAUGCACUUUGUCAAAAUAGAAACAGUGUUUUUAUGCAAUAGCUUUUUCUUUCCAUUUGAAACACUUGUACCUGUGCAUCUGUCUACAGUACAUGUAUAGUAUCAAUAUUUGAGGUUCCAUUAAUAUGGCACAAGGACUCCUAUUUUGGCAAGGACUUGGGAUAAUAUCUUAUUAAAGGUCUCCUGGUAGAAGUAUGUUUCCUCUACAAUGGGGUAUGACUUACAUAGUGAUGUCUGCCUUCUCUUUCUCCAUAGUGUAGUGGAAGCUGCUACAACAGUUUCUCAGGUGGGGGAGGAACAUUCCAAUUAAAUUGGUAACAUAAAAUACGUGUUGAUCUAUGCAUUUCUUAAGUUUAUAUUGUCCUCGUUUCCAGAUGACAGAGAUCCAGCCUUCGGUUCCUGAACUGUCUAUUGUGUUUGAUGGCAUCUCCACAGAAUCUAUGUCAACAUCCAAAAAUGUCAUGGUGAUGGAUAAAAAACCCCAACCUUCAUUGGGACAUCAACCUGCUAAGAUGGCAUGUUCCAUAGGGCAUCCAUCCCACCAACUUCAGAGCUGUGAUUCUGGGAAACAAAGCUUGGGUUUCUGUGCCAGAGAGCCUUCUCCAAGGCAGUUACCAAGCCAGAUAAAGCAGAGAAUUUCAGUUUUAAAACCUUCCAAUGGAAAGAAACCUCCACUACAACAGCAGUCCAACUGUGGUGUAGUUGGAUCUCAAGCGAGAAAGAGCUCUGGGUCUUCUUCCUCUUCUUCUCCUUCAACUCCUUGUAGCGGGUUCUCUCCCAACACCUCUUCCCAUCAGCUUGGAACACCAGAACAACACUUGGCAAAUAAUGAGCCUACACAAAGCAAAGGAGAGCUUCCUUUUAAUGGACCCUCAGCAUCUAACUCUAAACAAUCUCAUUUAGCUUCCCAGCCUUCCUGGCACAGUUGUCCUUUGUCAUCUCCACACAUGGGAAGACCCAUGGAACUCCGGAUACCAUCUCAGAGCUCACCUUGCUGUCCCCACUGUGUCUGCAGCUGCCAGUUACGUGACCAUAUGCAAUACAGUCCAACAAAUGUUUGGCAAGGAAUGUCUACAGUGGGUUCCGGUCACACACCUGAAAUCCAGUCAAGUAAUUCCCAGGAGAGUACACAAUUAAUGUUUCAUCAAAAUAUAGAAUAUAUAGAUCCUUGCUGCAACCCAGUGUGCACCACAAGUAGUCCUAUGAACCUUGGCCAUCAUGGAAUAGUGGGGAAGUUUUGCCCGCAUAAUGAUGACAUGUCAGCUACAGUAAAGAUUUCUUCUUCAGACCCUGGCAGUGCACAAUCACAUGCAGUGUAUCCGGCUUGUGUGCACACUCGUGCAUCAAAGUUGGGACCCAAUAAUGGAAUAAUGAACUUACCUUCAGAUGUUUACAAAAUUCUUGCUGAACAAGAUAAGCAGAUCAAACUGCUACAAGCUCAGGUUUGUUGGGUUAAAUCUAUUGUGUACGUGCUUAGAAUUUACUAGGUUCAUCACAGGAACAUGGUCUUUACACUCAUGGUACUUAUGAUAUUAUCAGAUUACAACUUUGGCCUUGUGUACUUGUCUGUUAAUAGGUGGCCUCUUCAGAGCCUAGUAGAAAUAUGUAGUGGGUUAAUACUAUGUCUUUUAACAGUUUCACAUAGCUCGUUAGCUAUGCUUUCAGAAUUAAGCUGGCUGGUUUACUAGUCAAUUUAGUGAGCCAUUAAGUUGUUUGGAAUUAAGUUCAGUGCAGAAUAGAAACCAACUAGGUUUUAAUUAAUGAAACUCAACUGUUUUAAUAGCAAUAUGUGCUUUUCUCCGUUCUACAGUUAGCAGUGUUGCAUUUUUAUAUAAAGAGGACUUAAAGAUGCUGCCUUUAAUCAUCUUAAAGAAAGAAUAGUUCUGUAUUCAUAAGAGACAAAUUGAUACGACAGUGAUAUUUACUAAUUACUUCUCCCACUUUCAUUAUCUUGGCAGUAUAAUUAACACUGAUCUUACAUGGUUACAGAUUCAGCGGCUUUUAGAAGCACAAACUCUUCAGCCCUGUUCAACCAAAACUAUAGCAAACAGUAGCAUACAGUCUGAGAAGCAACUAGAAUUUGUUGCCAUGGAAACCCAAUCAUCCACAGGGUUACACAUGAAGAAAAGUGUCAGCAUUGCAGUGAGCACAGGUAUUGGUUUAUUGUACACCUUAUUGAAGUUACACUGGUAUAACUCAGCAGUGGGAAAAUAUUUUAGCACCAUUUUAGCUGUUCAGAGUCUGCUCUGCUAUCUUCCUAUUUGAUCCAGUAGUGUUGUGCUGUCUUCCUAUUUGAUCCGCUCUGCUAACAAACUUGGGUCCUGUACCCAGACUGUUGUAUCAUGGUAGAUUCCAAUACAGUAUAGUAUGACUGAGAACUGAAUAUUAAUUGCUUGAAAGACUGUAAAUUUUGUGGAAUAAUUAAUGUGAUUGAGUUGGUUUGCUCACAGCAGUGUUCAAAUGUUAAAGUUGUGGGGGGGUUUUUAGUGCAGUGGAUCUUGUCUUGCUAAAGAGAAGUUACUAAUGUGAUCGUCACAUCCUGAAAUCACACUUCAGUGUGUUGUGACUUCAACUACUUUUGUUUUGAUGGCUGCUGCUAGAGUCCAAAACUGGUAUUAUCAAGAUUACCAAAUUUGUAUGAAAUGCACAAGCUCAUCAUGUUGUGAAACUGCCCAUGAGAGGACUGCUAAUAUUUGUCAUUUUCAGUUACUUAAACACUGAGUGUCACAUUAACGAACUGUUAGUAAUUGCAACAAGCUGUACCAGUGAUUUGCUAUAACGCAUGAAGUUGAUGGACAUCUGGGACUGGGAUAGAAUACACAAUACAUGCAGAGACAGAGAGUGGUGCCACUAGCCUAGCUAAAUUCAACCAAGGCUUUCUUCCUGUUUUACUUUAGGUGCUAGCUUGAUGUGGAAUGCUACUUUGGAAAAUAAAAAUGAGCAUGUGAAACAAGAUGAUGUUGAAAUAUCCAAUGAAGACAUCAAUAUUUCUAUGAACACUGAGAAGAACAGGAGUCAAGCAAGCAUUGCCUCUUCAUUAAAUGCUGUUGACAUACCCAGUUUUGUGGAUAGUAUUCAUCUUGUAGAAGGAGCUAAUCAACCCUCUGGACUCCGGUAAAAAAACAACCCUCGUUUAAAUUCCCCAUACUUUAAUAACCUACAUAUACUAUGUUGUGUGAAACCCAUCUGAUCUUUCAGGAGUACACUGGUGGAGGCAUACAGUUCCACACUGGUUUGCCUCAGUUCCCUCCCUUUGCCUUCAAUAAUGCAUAUUUGUAGAAGAAGUUGACCACAGUUGGCAGCCUUGUUUGCCUGAGCUGAAGUGGUUUGUAUUAUUCACUUAAGUUCAGUAAUCUCUCAUUCAUGAUUGUUUUGUUGUACAUCUGUAUUUCUCUGCUCAGCCUCAGAACAAGCCAUUUUAUGUGUGUUUGUCACCUGUCAGAACUAAAAUGUUAAUUCUAAGAAUUUGGGUUGGUUUCAAAAAGGCUAUUUUCAUUCCCCCCCCCAAAAAGUGAGUCUAAUUGACUUUGUAUUAUGUUCACUGUUUUAAAUAAACAGUAUAGCAGCUAAAACCAUGUAGAACACUGACUGUAGCAAUGAAUUAAUCAGCAAAGAUUCUACAAUAUAUCUACAGCCACUCAAAGUUGUGCAUCUUUAGCAGAUGUUUUCCUCCUAUAUGACCAGAUACUGCAGACAACUUGCUUGAAAUGCUAAUGACUGAGUUAAGUGGCAGCUACAAUGCAGCAGCCCCAUUAAUCAAUCCUAACUUCACUUUUCAUGGGUAAAAAUGGAUUGCUUAUUUGUGGAGGUGAUGAAUUAAAAAAAAAAAAAGCAUGCCUGCCUCACUGCAACUUCAUGUGCAGCUUUACUGAUGACUAGGAUCUCAAACUAUAGAAACAAGUCAUGGGCAUACAGAACUUACUGUAAUCAAGCAAGCAAUCUCUUGAUGAAGCUUGCAUCCCAGUUGCUAAAAGUGAUUUUUCACAUAUUGAGCUUUCAAAAAUUUUCUGAGUGAUGAAAAAUCACUUCUCUGGCAGUAACUGAUAACCUGUAAUGACAGUACAUGAUUUAAUCUUCUCUCUUUCAGCAUACACAAUUGAUUACUUUAAGCUGCAUUAUUUGAAUACCAUUAAUACCUAUGCUGCUCUUCCGGUCAUUUGAUGAUCUAGCAGGCAUUUUGGCAUUAAUUAUCCAUGUUUCUAGCCUUAGCUGUUAAAAUAGCAAUUCUUGUUGUGAUCUGCAAAUAUGCAUUAAAUCUUAUUUAAUUAAGGGACUCUGCAUAAUUCUUUACUGUGCAGUAAAUGUACAGGUGUUGCUAACUUGGUUGUUUGGUCAAAACUUACUCCAUCAAGGAAGUGCUUGAGGUUUGGGAAUGACAAGAGUAUACUUAAGCGGCAUACUUUUUUUCUCCAUUAUUGAAGUUAUUCCAACUUGCUGUGUAGAAUAUGGUUGAAUACUCAUCGUAAUACAGCUUUUGCAUUUUGCCAUGGCAUUGCUGAUAAUGACCAUCCCAUUUUAUAGCCUUCACACUAGUAUUGACCCACUUUCCCACUUCUGUUCAACUCAUUUGAAUCUUCUCUACUAAUUCACUAUUCUCUGCUUCUAGUAGUGGACCAGAUGCUGACUCAGGACUUCCCCCAAUUUCAUCAAUGAAUGAAAGUGUUAGCAUGUGCAUGCAGACCAGCCCAUCAGAGAGAGCUGACAGUCAUUUGGUAGCAGUUAAUGAACAAAAUAUUGAGCAUGUUAUCACUUAUCUCCCAAAUGCCCCACCAGAUGACCAGAAGUUUUACCAGGAUAUAUUGGUAAGUUAUUUCGAUGUAUCAUUCCUUAACCCAAUGCUCCUUAGUGGUAUUAGCAGAGAAGCUACCAGGCUUUAUUUUUUUAAAAAAUGCAGUUUUUAUAAAACAGAUUUGUGUUGUCCAACUGUUUAUUGAGCCUUCAUGUUUCAUUUUACAGUCCAUAGUAGGCAUUUCUGAUAUUUUGCAUGCCAGAAUAGUUUUUCAAGAUGUAAUUUGUGUAUCUUUUAAUUCAAAUAGUAUGUGGCACAACAAUAAUUUAAGAUUGCAAUGACUGGGGGUGAUAUCUAAGUUGUACUUUCCGACUCGUGAGUAUGACUUAGUCAGAUGUCACUCUGAGUAUCUAAAAUGAAGUUUCAUUAUAAAAAAAGUUCUGAUCUUCUGUGAAUAUUUGAUUGGCCUUGACAUACAAAACUAUUCCCUAGCAUGCUAAGUAUGAGACUGCUAAUAUCAUAUAGCUUUGAUUAGCUUUUUCUACAGUUCUCUGUACCUUCCUUUCUACGUUUCCUUAGGGUCAAGUGAACCACUUCUUGAAGGAAUCUUCUGAAGAAAACAGUUCCUCAGUACAAAAGGACAUUACCAGCAGUGAAUGUACCACAGCUUCAAAAAUGAAGAAAACAGAAAGAAGAGGCUCAGUCAAUCCUGAUCCACUCCUAAGUGAUAAAGAUAUUGUUCUGAAUGCAACCUUGAAACAACUGAGGAACCUUGGAGUAAAAUUUGACUCUCCUGACAAGAUGAUGAACAGUGCACACAAAGUAGAGAAUGCCAGGUAGAAAGAUUGCUCUAAAUAAAGAACAAAAAAGUCUGACUGAGCUUAUAAAUGGCUUCAUCCCUCUAAAGCGGGGAUGGGAAUCGGAUAUUCUUCAACAGUACAGUCAGUGUUCAGAGAUGAUGAGAGUUGUAGACGACAUCACCUGGAGGGCUUCCCAUAUCCAUACUCCAUAGGGCCAAAAAUAAUGACUUUUGUGGGUAGGGAUGGAGAGAUCAGUCAAUUCAUGUUGGUGUCCUUUUCGUGCUUGUCAGUUUCACAUGUGUAUGUUCAGAGGUCUAUUCAGGCUCAAUCCCACAAUAAUCUAAAAUCGUUUUAAUCUACAUGAAGAUUUUGGUUUUUCUCUUUCUAAAUAUGCAUUUCUAAGUGCAUUGUAUCCUAAAAUAUGCAUUGAUACACUUAUGUAUCAUGUAAUUCAGCAUUUAGGCAAGAACAUAAUCUAAAGCAGGAGAGAGAAACCCUUCCACCUGUCAAAGUUGACCUAUGUGGGAGGGGUCUGCUUCACCAAUCCCAGUCCUACUCAGAGUGGACCCAUUAAAGUUAGUAACUUAAUAACAUGAGUGACUUAGGUUCAUUAAUUUGAAUGCUUCUACCCUGUGUAGGAUUAGCAUUGGAUAUAAGCAUUGGCAGUUUGAAUUGGCAUGCAGUCUGUUUCCAAAGGACCCAAAAAGCAUUUAUCAAUGUUGUCUGAGUUGGUAAGCCAUAGUUAGCAGCUACUAUAUCUGUAGGACAGAACUAGGCUUCCAAAGACUGACUUGUCAACCUAAGCUUUAAAUACUGUCCUCAGCUCCUUAGCUAGUAGGAUAGCCUAUCUUUAAAGUACAUUGACAUUUUGUGACCUGAUGGCUACAAUUAGGUAGAAUAAGGUACACCCUGUAUACUUACUUGCAUCAAGUUAAAAUAACUUGUUUUUCUUCGUUUUCUUCUAGCAUAUUGGCCUGUAUUAAUCCUGAAGCUGUAGUCCCAGGUCUAAACUACAUCUCUUUUGCUAAUGUUGGCAUGAGUGGCUUAACUCCCAAUGGAGUAGAUCUGAGUAUGGAAGCAAAUGCUAUUGCACUCAAGUACCUAAGUGAAAGUCAACUGUCACAGCUUUCUCUGAGUCACUCAAGCCAAAAAAAUUCUAUGGCUUCAUCUGUACAGACUCUCUUGCACACUAAUACUGAUAAGACUUUGGUGGGCUUUGGCUUAAUUUCCCCAAGCAAUAUGUCAUUUGCAACCAAGAAGUACAUGAAAAGGUAUGGACUAUUGCAAAGCAGUGAUGGCAGUGAUGAUGAAGAGAAAGAACAGACUGACUUCAGUAGAGGAAAGAACAUAAAACCUGUUCUGCAACUCAAUUUAAACCCUAUUUUAGAUGGUUUUAGCUGCCAGAAAGACCCCUACGAAAGAGGAAAUGAGAGACUUUCUGUUAAUCCAGCACAUCAUGAAUCUGAACUAUCUAGUACUCAUCUGUCUAAUCCAGAGGGUCCCAUAUUAAGAAAUGUUACAAAUGCAGUCAUUCCACUUCGAAUCCUUCACCAGUCAGAUGAGAGUUCGUAUCCAUUUUUUAAAGACAUGAACCCCGAAAUGAAACUUCUACCUGGAAAAGCAGAGUUUACUCAGCAUCCGGACAAAGAGAAUCUAGAUAAUCAAAUUGUAUCUGAAACUCAUCAAGCUCCUAUCGUUGAUAAUUUAAAGCAAGUGGACAACAUGAAUUCAGUGGGUACUUUCCUUGAUGUACAAAAACUCAGACAGUUACCCAAGUUAUUUUAACGUGUCUGAUUUAUUGGCAACCAACACCUUGCAGGACUUUUCAAUACAAGUUGAACCAGUUUUCUGUAGUUCAAUUUAAUCAAGAAGCCACCAACUCUUUUCAAGUGGUUUUGGCAAUAAACUAAAUGGGAGGAAAGGGUUCAAUGUAUGCCUGGUGUGAUGGCUUGACUGUCAUCUCAAAUAUAAAUAUUUACACCUUUAUGUUUAUUGAUGUGUCUUUAUGCUCUUAAAGGUCAGCAAAUAUAUAUGUAAUGGGACAUACUUUUUUAAACAUAUGUAUGAAUUUUGUAAAAUGGACUUUGGCAACUUAAUCAAUGCUGAAGUGGAAAGGGGGUUUAGGAUGAGAUUAUUUUGGUUACUCAGUUUAAAGCAUUAACCUUUUUUGAGUCCAUUCAAGCAUUGGAGUAAUGCACUUCAUUAGACAGCCCCGAUUCUUACACAAAUUUGAAAUAAAAUUUCAUAAUGUUUACUAUGAUCGUGAAACAAAAACAAGGUCAACCAAUGUCACCCUUAUCUUGUUUUUUGUCUUGUGGCAUGAACAUAAAGAACAAAUGCUGGAUAAAUUGCUGAACUGUUUAUCUAUUAUUUGUGUUUGAAAUUAUUAACAUUUUUUGAAUGUCUAAAUAAAAUGUACUUGACACUUGUAAUAUGCAGACUUGUUAUACUCAGGGUUUUUUAAAAUUAAAUUUGGUUUAUUUUAUUUCUGUGUGUGUUACCAUAAUAGUUUUAAUUCAUUAUCUUCCAUGAAGGCCUAAAGUCCUUUAGCCUGUUUUACAUUGUUUUUUCCAAUAAAAAAUUUGGAAUGAUAUCCAU